UGCAUGUGUGUGGAGCCAUCGCACCAUUCCCGAGGUGAUGCCCCGAGCCUUCCUGGUCAGGAGUCGGCGCCCGCAACCACCCAACUGGGGCCACCUGCCUGACCAGCUCCGGGGAGAUGCCUACAUCCCAGCCUGCAGCAGCCGGGGUGGGCCACCCACACCCCAGUCCUCCAGCCCCGGGGAUUCCUGGGCAGCGCAGCCCGCACAGGGCACCCUGGCCUCUGCUCCCAGGGGCCCCGGGACACUCGGCUGCCCGCUCUGCCCCAAGGCCUUCCCGCUGCAACGCAUGCUGACGCGCCACCUCAAGUGCCACAGCCCAGCCCGCCGCCACGUGUGCCGCUGCUGUGGCAAAGGCUUCCACGACGCCUUCGACCUCAAGCGCCACAUGAGGACUCACACUGGGAUCCGGCCAUUCCGCUGCGGAGCCUGUGGGAAGGCAUUUACCCAGCGCUGCUCCCUCGAAGCUCACCUCGCCAAGGUGCACGGGCAGCCAGCCAGCUACGCCUACCGCGAGCGCCGCGAGAAGCUGCACGUGUGCGAGGACUGCGGCUUCACCAGCUCGCGGCCCGACGCCUACGCGCAGCACCGCGCCCUGCACCGCCCCGCCUGA